AUGAGCACGAUAUUUGGUAAUGUUGGUUCUUCCGUUGCUGGCAAGUCUGUCGAGGUGCUGGACGAGGUGCUGGUUGAGGUGCUGGACGAGGUGCUGGUUGAGGUGCUGGACGAGGUGCUGGACGAGGUGCUGGACGAGGUGCUGGACGAGGUGCUGGACGAGGUGCUGGACGAGGUGCUGGACGAGGUGCUGAACGAGGUGCUGGACGAGGUGCUGGACGAGGAGCUAGACGAGGAGCUAGACGAGGAGCUGGUUGAGGUGCUGGACGAGGUGCUGGACAAGGAGGUUGGUGUAUCGGCGCUAGGCGAUGGCGCGGCUGUAGUGAAGAGCGAUGCAUCGCCCGACUGCGAAUCCGAGGUUGGGCCCGCAGAUCUGGACAUUGGCCAGGUGCUGAGGCAUGAGGUUGGCAGGAGCGGGUCCCAGCUGUGGUGCGACGGCCUGGGCUGGGCCAGGCAACUGCAAGCACAGAAACAAGCCGAGGAGCCCCAACAGCAGGAACGCUUGCGAUCCCCGAGAGCCGGUGCACAACGGGCUUUGGUUCGAGCCACGGAGGUUGUCGACCAUGGCUAG